AUGUUCCUUAACACUCAACGCCUGGUCCACCUCCCGCGCAACCCGCCGCAGCCGCCGCCGCCCGAAGCGGAGCUUCCGCGCGGGGAAUGUCGCUACCUUCACCGCGAGGCCGGCCUGGCAGACCGCCAGCGCUGCGUCUGCCAGGGCUUCUCUCUGGACCGCCGCCAGCCCGUCGGCACUGCCUGUGAGUGCGGCCAUCCGGCAUGGGUCCACGUCCAGCAGCCCAUGGCAGCCGUCACCUACGAGGAGCACUCGGCCCUGGUCGACGAGCUGCGCCGCUUCAAGCUGGACCAGGACCGCCAGCUCCAGAACUUGCAGACCGAGCUCGCUAAGACGCAGCAUGAGCUCAUGGCGCAGCGCGCCCAGAACCUCGAGCGCGAACGUCUCUUCAAGCUGCUCGAGGCCCGCUUGUACCAGAACAUGAAGGACUUGAAGAUCGAGCUGGACGACAAGAUGGACGGCAUGAUCGACCAGCAGCACGCCUUCCAGCGCAAGCUGAUCGACGUCGAAGACACCACCAUGGAGCACGAGAUCAAAAUCGAGAAGAUGGAGUCUGGGCCCAACGCUGUCGUGACGCGGGACCUCACGCCGGUUCCUGAGGCCUCGCCCAACGACGACCUCUCCAUGGACACGGCAGUCGAGGAGCCGCCUACCGCGCCCGCCGAGAAGCCGGAGCAGCCCUGGAGCGUCAAGGUGAUGAUCGUGCCUCGGCGGAGCCAACAGUUCGCCUUUGACGUCGACAGCAAGGCGUACAGGCGAUGUCAGUCCCGCAAGCUCUUCCAGGAAACUGAAUUCUCAAGCAGAGACAGCGCGAACUUCCACUUCACCAUCGACAAAGCAUUUUCUCACGUCCUCAAGGGCCGUGCUUGGGUCCCUCUAGUCGGCUACCGCGCGCAGAACGACUACUUCGGCCGCAUGGCUCUACGCCAGCUGCCCCCUGAGCUUUCGUCCGGCGACCUCUGGGACUACUACUUCCUCGACCACUACUGCAUCACGCACGACAAGCUGCAGGGCGACCUGCUCUACAUCGCCCUGCGCGACUCGGACCUGGCCUGGGACGAGAUCAAGGCUCUGCCUGCUGUCUUCGGCGCAAACGAGUCCUCGUGGACGCACGAGGUCGACCUGGACGGCCCUCUCCCCGAGACGACGAAGCAAUCCGGUGCCCCUUUGGGCCGGCUGGACCGCACGGAUCUGAUAUACGGCUACUCGCCCAGCCCACCCCCUUACACGUCGCAGAGGCAGUCGUCCACCCUGCAAACGGAGCCACAGCCACAGCCACAGCAGCAGCAGCAGCCUCUGCCUCCGCUUCAGCCUCCUCAGCCGGAGGCCGCCGCUGCUCUCCUCCAACGCGAGAACAGCAACAGCCGCAUGUCGACGCCUCUUGGCGUGCUCGCAACGGCGUCGGCAUCCGUCCUUGGCCACGCCCUCAGCCGCCACCCCACGUCGCAGUCAGCCACGGCGCAGUCGCUUAGGAGCCUGGGCAGCAGCAUCGAGGACGGCUCCGACGACGAGCACUCGCACCGCGACAAGAUUCGCAAGUUGCGUCCGAAGCUGUCGGAGCCGUCGAUGCCGUCGGCGGCCGCCGGGCAUGGACACUCGAGCGGGUCGUCACACCACCACCAUCACCACAGCAGUCACCACCACCAACAACAGCAACAGCAGCCGCCGAGAGUGUAUUAUUCUGGAAGGAGCAAGCGCAAGAUGCCCGUGCGCGAGAAGACCAAGGAGCCGUUGCAGUUUAAGCUUCCGAGCUUGUUGCAUCAUCGCACUAAUAGUAAUAAAGAAGAGACUGCGUAG